GUACACGCUCAGUUACUCGGAGAGAGGUUAGCGCUCACUACGUGUAGCAGCUGCUAGGCGCCCUGCGCGUGCGCGCAUUUUCACCGACAAAAAUGUCGAUUCAAGUAUUUUAUUAAUUUAUAGUGUGAAUAAGAAAUUUCGAGAUAAUAAAAUCAGUAACUGUUUUUAGUACAAUAGUUUAUUAAUUAUUAUCAAAAAUGGUCAGUGGAAAUAAAGACCCCAGCGAUCCAAUAAAAAUUCCGCCUAAGAAUCGCGAAAAGAAAAGUAACAACUAUUUGCGGGCCAACUAUUUUUCGCGAACAUGGUUCUUCUGGAUGAUGCCGACGUUCUGGCGAGGGUUCAAGCGGGACCUCUACGACUCCGACCUCACGCAGCCGAAGGACAGCCAUCUUUCCGACAAACUUGGAGAUCGCCUUGAAAAAAAAUGGGUAGAAGAGAUCGCGCUGGCGCACAAGCAGGGCCGCAAGCCGUCGCUGCUGCGCGCUAUGACGAAGACAUUCUGGCUGAGCUACGCUCCAUCCGGAUUCAUGUUCCUGCUCCAGGCACUCGUGCUUAAACCAUUCCAACCAGUUGCACUGAGCAUGAUGCUGGCGUACUGGGAGCCCGGCUCGGACAUGUCCUACGAGCAAGCAGUGUACUGCGCGUCGGCUGUGAUCCUCAUGUCGCUGUGUAUCGCCUUCCUCAACCACCACGGCUCCUACUCCACACAGCAGUUCGGCAUGAAAGUGCGCAUUGCUGCGUGCUCACUCAUUUAUCGAAAGGUAAUGCGCAUGAGUUCAGGAGCUCUAGCGCAGACCACUGCGGGGCAAGUGGUUAACUUGCUGUCCAACGACGUGAACCGCUUCGACUACGCCUUCAUCUACACGCACUUCAUCUGGUUGCUGCCCCUGCAAGUCAUCCUGGUCUGCUACCUCAUUUAUAUCAAAAUCGGUGUAGCUGCCGUCGUCGGCGUCAUCGGCAUUGUACUUCAGACUAUUCCUGUUCAAUCAUACAUGAGUAAAUUGGCUGCAAGGUUACGAAUGAAAACCGCUUGCAAGACCGACGAGCGCGUUCGCAUUAUGGACGAAAUCAUAAGUGGCAUGCAGGUUAUAAAAAUGUACGCUUGGGAGAAGCCGUUCGAGCAAGUGGUGGCCAUUGCUCGCAAAAACGAAAUAAACUGCAUCACGUCGGCUUCGUAUCUGCGCGGAGUGUACCUCAGCUUUAUGGUCUUCACCGAGCGACUCACGCUUUACAUCACGCUGCUUUCUUACUCUUUGUUCGGGUUCCAAGUCACUGCUGAUAUUGCGUUCCCGUUGGCGUCAAUGACAAACACUCUGCAAGCUUCAAUAGCCAUCAUCUUGCCGAAUUCAUUUUCACUUAUAAUGGAGUGUCUUGUAUCUAUACGUCGCAUUGAGGCCUUUGUGUUACUGGAUGAAAGGGAGGACCUACGCAGCGUGCCCGAUGUGGACAUCGCCAAGCUGGUGCAGGCUGUGGAAAAUCAGAAAAUGAAGAAUUUGAGCGAAAUCGAUCUCCGGCCCAACACUUUCAAAAAAAUUGACGAAGAAGGAAUUUACAAUCCCGGUUUCGAAUGCAGCGAGAAGGGUCUGCUGAGUCAGUACGGCUCGGCACCAGUGAGUCCAGACGUGGGAGUCAUGCUGCAAGACGUGUCUGCGAGCUGGACGGACGACGGUCCCGUCACGCUGCGCAAUCUUAACAUCACCGUGCCGAAGGGCAAACUUUGCGCUAUCAUUGGCUCCGUCGGCUCUGGCAAGAGUUCGAUCCUGCAACUUCUGCUGAACGAGUUGCGCACCGCCGCGGGCCGCAUCCAUCUCUGCGGGCCGCUGUCCUACGCCUGCCAGGAACCCUGGCUGUUCGUGGCUACCGUUCGACAGAACAUUCUUUUCGGCUUGCCUUACAACUCCAAAAAAUACAAAGAGGUGGUGAGGGUGUGUGCUCUACAGAAAGACUUCCAACAAUUCCCGCACGGAGAUCAGACCUUGGUUGGAGAAAGAGGAGCUUCACUAUCUGGUGGUCAAAGGGCUCGUAUCAACCUCGCCCGAGCUGUCUACAGACAAGCAGACAUAUACCUCCUGGAUGACCCUCUCUCAGCGGUGGACGCGCACGUGGGCCGACAACUGUUUGAUGAGUGCAUCAACGGAUACUUGAGACACACCACGCGCAUCCUCGUCACACACCAGCUCCACUACCUCAAGGCGGCUGACUACAUCAUCAUCAUGAAUAAUGGUAUUAUUGAAGCUAAAGGCACUUAUGAUGAAUUAGCAAAAACUGGCAAAGAUUUCGCUAAAUUGUUGUCAUCAAUGCAUGAUGAGAGUGAAGAGAAAAAGAAGGAAAUUCCACCUCCUAUGUCCAGACGAACUUCUGCCAGGUUAUCGACCACAAGGCGGCCAUCAUUGACUGAAUCUGCUACUGGCUGCGAGAUUCCCGCUCAGGAAAUGGAGGAAGAGGAGCGGGAGUCAGGUUCUAUGGGCUGGCACGUCUAUGGCGCAUACUUGAGGGCUGGGGGGCGGUCAGGAAGACUUGCUUUCAUGGUCAUCUUACUCAUUAUCGGGCAACUAUCAGCCACGCUCUGUGACUAUUGGGUAACAUUCUGGACAAACGAAGUCACCAGAUUAAAGGAGAGAGAAAAUAACACCACAGUCAAAGAAUACGACAGACUCCCGAGCCCGCGGAACAGCACAUUCAACUUGUCCAGCUAUUUCUCUGGCAUUGAUCUCGGCCCUGACCUCGACAUCCACGCGUUCAUCGGGCCGCUGGACACAGCCCAGUACCUGUAUGUCUACACGGCGCUAAUUAUCUGCUGCAUCUUCUUCAUAACGGCGCGCGCCUUCAUUUUCUUCAAGGUCUGCAUGACAGCUUCCCGCAAUCUCCACAACGAUAUGUUCCACGCCAUGCUGCGAGGUGUCAUGCGGUUCUUCGACAACAACUCAUCAGGAAGGAUCCUAAACAGAUUCUCGAAGGACAUUGGCGCAUUAGACGAACUACUUCCCCGGUUCCUACUGGAAUGCAUCCAGAUCUACCUGGUGAUGUUCAGCAUCCUCGCACUGAACGCUGCAGCUCUGGUCUGGACUUUGCUUCCUACCACCAUCAUCCUGCUCCUGUUUUACACCAUCCUUCAAAUAUACCUCAAGUCUGCUCAAUCUAUAAAGCGAUUGGAAGGCACAACUCGAAGUCCGGUCUUCUCCCACAUGUCGGCCACGCUCAACGGCAUCAGCACCAUUCGCUCGGCAGGCGCGCAGACCAGGCUGAUUCAGGAAUUCGACAGAUUCCAGGACAUUCACACAUCUACGUGGAGCAGCUACCUAGCAAGCGGCGUGACACUGGGCUUCUGGUUGGACUUCAUCUGCGUGCUUUACCUCGCUAUUGUCAUCAUCGCCUUCCUUGUCAUAGACAGCAAAACGAUAUUCUCCGGGAAUGUGGGCCUGGCGAUAUCUCAGACGCUGAUCCUGACGGGCAUGCUGCAAUUCGGCGUACGGCAGACGGCAGAGGUGAUCUCGCAGAUGACAAGUGUCGAGAGGAUACUGCAGUACACGCACAUUGAGCGGGAGCCCAAGUGGGAGAAAGGAGCACGAGACACCCCACAGGGCUGGCCGUUCCAAGGUCGUAUUCAAUUCCGGAACUGCUACAUGAAGUACACGCCCGAGGACUUACCAGUGCUGAAGAACCUCAAUUUGGUCAUUGAAAGUGGUUGGAAGGUCGGUAUUGUAGGACGCACUGGUGCCGGCAAGUCGUCUCUCAUCUCGUCACUGUUCCGGCUCGCCAUCGUGGAGGGAGAGGUCCUCAUUGACGACGUGGACACGGGCUACUUGUCGCUUCAGGAACUGCGCUCCAAGAUAUCUAUUAUUCCUCAAGAGCCGGUGCUGUUUUCCGCAACUGUGCGUUACAAUUUAGACCCCUUCAAUAAUUACGACGACACGCAACUAUGGAAUGCUAUUGAAGCUGUUGACCUAAAAGCCGCGGUUCCGGCGCUGGACUUCAAGGUGUCGGAAGGCGGGUCCAACUUCUCGCUGGGUCAGCGGCAGUUGGUGUGCCUGGCGCGCGCCAUCCUCAGGGGAAACAAGAUCCUCGUGCUCGACGAAGCCACAGCAAAUGUCGACCCUAAAACCGACGAAUUUAUCCAAAGAACAAUAAGGAAGCGCUUCGCGGACUGCACGGUGCUGACCGUAGCUCAUCGACUUAACACCAUUAUGGACUCGGACCGCGUGAUGGUAAUGGACGCUGGCCGACUCGUGGAGUUCGACCAUCCCUACAAGCUGCUCGCCAACCCAGACGGAUAUUUCGCCAAGAUGGUGAAAGAAACCAGUGAUAAAAUGUCCGCGCAGCUUCACGACAUCGCCAAGAAUACAUUCCUUAGCAACGGCGGUGUCCUAGAAUAAUUAAGUUUCUAAAGUAGCAGUACGUUUAAGUGUUGUUUUCAUUAAGUGCUCGAAUAUUCUAAGCUAGGUAUUAUUUAUUUAUUUUAGGAGAAAUCAAAACGCAAAUCUUUUUACAGCAUACCCAUUUGAAAUAUUGCCUCGUCUAUAUGCACAAAUAUACGUACGUUUUAUAGGCAAUGUAGCAACGAAAUCAUUAUAAAUGCCUAUAAACUGAAGGCUACUUAUAAGUUGAUUUUGAAUAGUUAUUUUUGUUAACUAAACCGGCCGAAUAUGUGGCAUGAAACCGCAAGUUUAAAAUUUAUUUGGUUUACCAGCACAGCGUGAGAAAUAUGACACAGUCGUAUGUAUCAUAACCUAUGUAUUUAAUUAAACAUUCAAUUUGAAACAAAGCUGAAUCUGGAAAAGUGAACUUCGUGACAAUCACAUGUGAUUACGAGCAACGUAAGAAUGUCAAUGUCAAUAAAACUAACAGUAUAAUUAUUUAACUAUACAUUGCAUUACCUACUAGGUACCUAAGUAAGUUGAUUUGCGAUUUCAAAUAUUUAAUUUACUUAAUUGGCUGAUUUUAAAAUUCCAUUAUUGUUAAAAACUAUUAAAGCUCUUACAUUUGUAUCUAUUUCUUAUAUCUAAAUAUAUCUUAUCAAUUUUGUUUUAAUUUAAGUAACUGGCUAAUUUUAUUUAAGUUUUAAGUCUCUCGUAUAAAGAAAUAUUUAUGAAUUUUCAUUAUACCUAGCUGAAUUGAAAGUUAAAAAAAAUCGAUACAUUUCUUGCAAUAUAAGAUGGCACAUGUUAACUACUAAAUGGUUCAGUAUUCCGGUUUACUUAUUAAGAAUUUAGGUAACUUAGUGUUAAGUAUGUCCUAAGUAAAGCAUUUAGCAUUUAAGUAACUACUUAUACAUAUAGCGUCGAUAUAGCUAUAUACUACACCUACGCGCGAUUGGUCUUUAUCGCUAAGUUUAAACCAUACUGUGUUAUUUAUUCUAUUCUAUUUUGUAUUAUAUUAAGACGGAACUUAGUUUUUAUGAAAAAUAUUGUGAAUGCCAUACGAGGUACAUCCUCAAACAAAUAUAUUUUUUCUAACUUG